UUCCAAGAUUCAGAGUUGAGGAACUGUGUUCAUAAACAGGUCUGACAGCGGAGCAUGUAAAGACCCACAAAGAAGAAAAUACUUUAUAAUAUUUAAGACGUGAUCAUCCUCGUUUCAUCAUGGCUUCUCAGGGGCUUCAGAUCCUUGGUAUCCUCCUGUCUUUCAUUGGAUGGCUGGGCACCAUCAUCACCUGCGCUAUGCCCAUGUGGAGGGUCACCGCUUUCGUUGGGGCGAACAUCGUCACCGCACAGGUGAUCUGGGAAGGCCUGUGGAUGAGCUGCGUGGUCCAGAGCACGGGGCAGAUGCAGUGCAAGGUGUACGACUCCAUGCUGGCGCUGUCUCAGGACCUGCAGGCCGCCAGGGCCAUGGUGAUCAUCUCUGUGAUCGUCGGCGUGUUUGGCAUCCUCAUGGCCAUCGUUGGAGGGAAGUGCACCAACUGCAUGGACGACGAGGCGUCCAAAGCCAAAGCCUGCAUCGUCUCUGGAGUGAUCUUCAUAAUAACCGCCUUGCUGAUCAUGACCCCGGUGUCCUGGUCAGCUCACACCGUCAUCAGGGAUUUCUACAACCCCUUGGUGACGGCGGCACAAAGACGGGAGCUUGGCGCUGCGCUGUACAUCGGUUGGGGCUCCGCAGCCCUGCUGCUUCUGGGAGGCGGACUGCUCUGCAACAACUGCCCCCCAAAGGACAACAGACCCUACAUACCUGCAAAGUUUGGCCCAGCAAGAACCGUCUCAUCAAAUGUGGACUAUGUGUGAGUCCCCUGUCUGCAGAGAUCUUUAAUUACAUAGCUAAAAAUACAUUUAACCCAGUUCCUUACUUGUAGUUGUGUAUACCUUUUAAUGAAUUUUGAGGUUUUAAAAAGAUCUUAGCAAGACUUUUAGAAUGAAUAAACUUUUAAAGAUUUCUUAUAAUAAAUCAGCAAAUAAUAGUCAACUGACCAAUGUGAUAGUUUCUCCAACUAGUAAGCUUUAAAUAGGAAUCAGUUAAUUUUCCCUGAUUGGUCAAAACCAUUUUUUUUCCAUUCAUAAAACACAAGAGCAACAAAAAAGACUAAUUUCCUUUUUUGAACUAAAAAUGCAUCAAAAUCAGCUGGUACUAUGUUGCUCCAUUUGGGUCCAAAAACGAAACAAGUAAAGAUAAAAAUCCAGAAAUGUCUUUGUUUUCCUUUGAGUUUAGAAACCACGACUAUAAAAUAAUUUGAUGCACAUUGGAUUUAUUUAAUGUAUCUGUAGUAGAUAAAAAUAAAGAUGUUGAAAUUCUCAGAGAAAACCAUGAAUAUUGGCCCAGAAAACUGUGAUCAGUGCAUUUCUAAUAUAUACUGUUGCUGUAACUUUACUUUUUCUAGGCAAUUAUGAUGUUUUACAAAGGUUAUAAAAUGAGCUACAUAAUACAAAGAUAACUAUAAGGUUUUCCUWAAUCUUCCAAAUGAAUGUUUGUUAUCCUUCAUCUGCCCUGUAAAUAAAACUGAAAUUGUUCUGCUUGUGAUGAAACGUGGAGGAAUCCAGCUGGGGAUUUACUGUAACUGGAUGAGCUGUUUGCCAUGCUGUAAUAGGAAGCUGCUGUGUUGAGACAGUGAUUUAGCUUUUCUGUCUCGAGUAAAAUGGAUGUCACCGGCAGAGACAACAGAGGGCUGCGUAUGCUUGGAUCCAUGUUGCUGAGAAACCAUUUUAGUUGUUCAAAGAAUGGAUAUUUUCACUUCCCUGGGUGAAAGGACGUCUUUCAAGCCUUCUAAGCAGGACAGACUUUUAAAAAUCAUCUUCAGUGCUUUAGAUUCAAACCUUUAAACACAGAAAAAGAAAAGUAAAUCAAUAUAAACUCUCAACUUUGACUGCUAAUUACUGUUUUGUUAGAAAAUGCACUAGUUGUAAUGAUGAAACGUGUCCUUGUGUUUCUUUUGUAUUUUACUUUCAUUAAAAAAGCAGCUUGGCAAAAAUGACAUUUCCACAAAAA